AUGCAUCACUUCGACGCGAGACGGGAGAAGAGAGUGAAGGAACGAACCCUAGGUGGGUUCGAUGCUGAUACCGAAGAAAACCUUAUGUUGACCAGCGGCGCCCAAAUCAGCGUGUUGGACAGGUGGGGCGGUGGCGUAGAGGCAGUGAGUCAAGAAUACGGCACUGAAGACGGGAACAGGGAGGAGAUGGAGACAGCAGGGGCAGAGAAGAGGUGUGGGGGGGCAAAUAGAGACGCAGAAGUGCGCGUGUGGGGAGCAGUCGAAGUAGCUUUUAUAUAG